UCUUAAUUCCUUAAAAGGCAACUAUUUUUUUUUUUCUCUUAAUUUUUUUUCAAAAAAAAAUAAUACCCUCUCUCUCUCAUCCCUCUGCAGUUUCAUUCAAUUCCGCCUUCAAUCAAAAACCCCUCUCUGCUUUCGCUCUCUUAUCUCUCUCUUCCAUUUCCUUCCUUCAAUCUUACCACUAUUUCUUUCACUUCUUUCUCUCUCUGGCUUCGAUUUUGAUUUUGGGUUUUUUUCUUCCCCUUUUCGUUUGGGUCGAUGGUGUUGGGCGUGUGACGGUAAUUGGCGGGAAGUAAGCGUCAAUUCCGAUAGGCCAUAGGUGGAAAGUUUGAAACUUGAGGCGUUUGAAGGAAAGGGGUUAUCGUUUUUGUCUUCGAUGGCUAACCCAUCUGGGAACCAUCAAGAACACACGCACGUGUCGUCUUCUGCUCCAGAGACUUCAGGUGCGGCUCUCGCCAUGAAGCACAACCCUGGCAUCUCCCUCGAUUGGACCGCCGAAGAACAAGCCAUUCUCGAAGAUGGACUCUCCAAGUAUGCCUCAGAAUCCAACAUAGUGCGCUAUGCGAAGAUUGCUCUACAGUUACAGCAUAAAACAGUUCGUGAUGUAGCACUGCGGGUCAGGUGGAUGAAUAAGAAAGAAAAUAGCAAGAGAAGGAAGGAUGAUCAUAAUUUAACUCGGAAAAGUAAAGAUAAAAAGGAAAGGGUUUCUGAUCCUGCAGUAAAGUCAUCUAACUUUGCUGCUCGGUCCAAUGUCUCUCCUUAUGCUCCACCAAUGAUUACAAUGGACAACGAUGAUGGCAUCUCUUAUACAGCAAUUGGUGGUCCCACCGGUGACCUAUUAGAGCAAAACGCACAGGCCUUGAAUCAAAUCUCCACAAAUCUUUCUGCUUUCCAGGUACAGGAGAACAUCAAUCUUUUCUGCCAAACUAGGGACAACAUCCUUAAAAUUGUGAACGAGUUAAAUGAUUCACCAGAGGUGAUGAAGCAAAUGCCACCUCUUCCUGUGAAAGUGAAUGAAGAGCUAGCGAAUUCCAUACUUCCAAGAACAGCUCUCCCUCCACAAUCAUCAUAAACAUUCAUUGCCUCUUCUUCAUGCAUAUUUCUGCCUGCACUUGGUCAGGACAAUAACUUCCAAACGCCAAUCAACUUCACCCAAAAUUUACUUUUGGAAAAAAGAAAGCAAGAAUGAAUAAUUGUUGAUAAUCAUCAAGUUGAAUUAAUUUCAAAAUAAUUUUUAUUUUAUUUUUCUGAUGUUGCUUUCCCUGCUUUUUGUUUCCCUUGUUGGCCUAACUUAGUUGUACUAUAGGAAUUAUUAUUUAGUAUUCUUGGUAUUAAUUGAGUUAAAUUUAGGCAA